AUGUCCCUCCUCCGCGUCCGGCUCGCCGCCGCCGCGGUGAUCGCCGUCGCCGCGCUCGUGGCCGGCGGGGACGCCUACCAGCUCACCAAACCAGGCACCGUCAUCUCGUACGACCGCCGCUCGCUCAUGGUGGACGGACAGAGGGACCUCUUCUUCUCCGGCUCCAUCCACUAUCCACGCAGCCCUUUCCACGAGUGGCCCGACCUCAUCGCCAGGGCCAAGGAAGGCGGCCUCAACGUCAUCGAGUCCUACGUCUUCUGGAACGUCCAUGAACCCGAGAUGGGCGUGUACAACUUCGAGGGGAGGUACGACAUGAUCAAGUUCUUCAAGCUGAUCCAGGAGCAUGAGAUGUACGCCAUGGUCCGUAUCGGGCCCUUCGUCCAGGCGGAGUGGAACCAUGGAGGGCUGCCUUACUGGCUCCGGGAGGUCCCCGACAUCAUCUUCCGCACAGACAACGAGCCUUUCAAGAAGCUCAUGCAGAAGUUUGUGACUCUCGUAGUGAACAAGCUCAAGGAAGCCAAGCUCUUCGCAUCACAAGGAGGCCCUAUCAUUCUAGCACAGAUCGAGAAUGAGUACCAGCACAUGGAAGCGGCGUUCAAAGAAAACGGCACCAGGUACAUCGAAUGGGCAGCUAAGAUGGCCAUCAGCACCGGCACCGGGGUGCCAUGGAUCAUGUGCAAGCAGACUAAAGCUCCAGCGGACGUGAUUCCUACCUGCAACGGUAGGCACUGCGGAGAUACAUGGCCAGGUCCAGUUGACAAGAACAAACCCCUGUUAUGGACCGAGAACUGGACUGCUCAAUAUAGAGUAUUCGGUGAUCCGCCGUCUCAGAGAUCUGCCGAGGACAUUGCGUUUGCCGUGGCGCGGUUCUUCUCGGUGGGGGGCAGCAUGGUGAACUACUACAUGUACCACGGAGGAACAAACUUUGGAAGAACGGGCGCCUCUUUCGUGAUGCCGAGAUACUACGACGAGGCGCCUCUCGACGAAUUCGGAAUGUUCAAAGAGCCCAAGUGGGGCCAUCUGAAGGACCUGCACCAUGCUUUGAGGUUGUGCAAGAAUGCUCUCCUCUUUGGGACCCCCUCCACGCAGCCAUUGGGCAAGCUCUACGAGGCACGGGUGUUCGAGAUCCCGGAGCAGAAGGUGUGCGUGGCGUUCCUGUCCAACCACAACACCAAGGAGGACGGGACGGUGACGUUCCGCGGGCAGAACUACUUCGUGCCCCGGCGGUCUGUCAGCAUCCUGGGCGACUGCAAGACGGUGGUGUUCAGCACGCAAUACGUGAACGCGCAGCACAACCAGCGCACCUUCCACUUCACGGACCAGACGGUGCAGAACAAUGUGUGGGAGAUGUACACGGAGGGGGACAAGGUGCCCACCUACAAGUUCAGCACCGACCGGAGCGAGAAGCCCCUCGAGGCCUACAACAUGACCAAGGACAAGACCGACUACCUCUGGUACACCACCAGCUUCCUGCUGGACCCGGAGGACCUGCCGUCCAGGCUAGACAUCAAGCCGGUGCUGGAGGCGAGCAGCCAUGGGCACGCCAUGGUGGCGUUCGUCAACAAGAAGUUAGUCGGCUGCGGCCAUGGCACAAAGAUGAACAAGGCCUUCAGCCUGGAGAAGCCCAUCGAGGUCAAGGUCGGCAUCAACCACAUCUCCAUCCUGUCCAGCACGCUGGGGUUGCAGGACAGCGGGUCCUACCUGGAGCGCCGGCAGGCCGGCGUGCACUCGGUCACCAUCCAGGGCCUCAACACGGGGACGCUGGACCUCACCAGCAACGGGUGGGGACACAUCGUGGGCCUGGAGGGCGAGCGCAAGCAGGCUUUCACGGACAAGGGCGGCGAGGUGCAGUGGCAACCCGCGGUGUUCGACAAGCCGCUCACGUGGUACCGGCGGCGCUUCGACAUGCCCACCGGGGAGGACCCCGUGGUGAUCGACAUGAACCCCAUGGGCAAGGGCAUCCUGUUCGUCAACGGCGAAGGGCUGGGGCGGUACUGGAGCUCGUACAAGCACGCGCUGGGGCGGCCGUCGCAGUACCUCUACCACGUGCCGCGCUGCUUCCUGAAGCCUACGGGGAACGUGCUGACCAUCUUCGAGGAGGAAGGCGGGCGGCCGGACGCCAUCAUGAUCCUGACGGUGAAGCGCGACAACAUCUGCAGCUUCAUCUCGGAGACCAACCCCGGGCACGUGCGGUCGUGGGAGACCAAGGACAGCCAGCUGACGAUGGUGGCGGACGACCUGAAGCCGCGGGCGGUGCUGACGUGCCCGGAGAAGAAGAUGAUCCAGCAGGUGGUGUUCGCCAGCUACGGGAACCCGCUGGGGAUCUGCGGCAACUACACGUUUGGCAACUGCCACACGCCCAAGGCCAAGGAGAUUGUGGAGAAGGCGUGCGUGGGGAAGAGGAGCUGCGUGCUGGCCGUGUCGCACGAGGUGUACGGCGGGGACCUCAACUGCCCGGGCACCACGGCCACGCUGGCCGUGCAGGCAAAGUGUUCCAAGAGGCAGAGGACCGCCGAGCAAUAAGUAACCUAAGCUCACAUAUGUACUGCUAUGUAGAUGAUCUCAUCACCUUGA